CAUCCGGGAGAUUCCGUCGUCCAUUGCAUUCAGGUACAUAUCGGUUUCCUCCGUUAUUCAAAACUCAGGAGCCGCAGCCCAGACGCCAUUGUUUUAAAUAUAAAGCGAUAUUGAAUGUGUAAACCUAUACAAUCGAGUCGGCGGGUUAUUUGUAUUCGCAACUCUCUGUAUAAAGAGAAUCAAUAAUCAAUAGACACGGGCGCUGUGUGGAUCGGAGCACUACGUGGUCCAUUAAUAAAACCACGGUGAACUAAAUACUGCGAUCUGUUCAGGUAUUGAGGGGCGUCCUACUCCAGGGUGCAAGGACAUCGAAGUAAAUGAACCUUCUUCAGUUGCAGAGAUAAUAUUGUAAAUCUGUGGCACAACCUUUGGGUAGCAAGGGCGAAAUAUUUGCAUGAGAAGAUACACACAAGAAACUGAAUAUUCAAAAAGAAACAAAUCACAGAAUAUGGUGAAAGGAAAAGUCUCGCCCUCCACCCUCCGUCUCUACAUCCUCUAUAUGUUCUGAAAACUGUUAAUGGCGUAACGACUCCAAAUAAAAGUAUCGGGAUCAUAUCGUUGCUUUCGUUUACAGUUCAAGACCAACUUUAACAUGACUUAAUUUGAAUGAUAUGUGAGCCACAAACUUUAUUCAUAUUGAACAAAAUGUGAAAAUAAUAAUCGAUAAGUGAAUUCGCCUUGAGUGAUGUCAUCCAAAAAGAGAGCCUUCUUCUGGAUUCUCGUUUUGAGCGCGCUGUGUCUGUUCGGCUUCAGUUUAACGGGGUACAGGGUGUACCUAAAUCACAGCCCUGUGCGAUCUAGUCUACCCAGUGAUGAUGUCCUACCGAUCACAAACAUCGACACUAAAAACACGGCCCCGACUCAGUUCUUCAGGAGAUUCUUACACGGGUUGUCUAACUUUGGAAAUGACGUCAGAGCGGAUACCUGCGACGCCUGCUUCAAAAAUAACUUUAAUUACGUCAUCAAUCGUGACGUGUGCGGAAGUUAUGACGAGGUUGACCUACUGGUCCUGAUCAUGACAGCCCCUAAGGAGACGGUGGUUCGGGGCACCAUCCGUGACACCUGGGGGUCUCUGUGUACCAAGGACCGCCAUAUUGCUUGUGUCUUCAUCUUGGGUCUCACGAGCGAUGUACAACUAAAUGAGAAAAUCAAGUCUGAAAGCUCCAAACAUUCCGAUAUAGUCCAGUUAGAUUUCAAAGAAAGCUACGGAAAUUUGACCUAUAAAACGAUGUCUGGUUUUCGGUGGUCACGUGACUUCUGUUCCAAAGCGAGGUUCGUGAUGAAGGCGGACGGUGACAUGUACAUUAACUUGGAGCUGCUACCUACUCUAUUGUCAGCUGUACCCCGGGGAGUGUUCAUUGGGGGAAACUGCUGGGGGGAACAAAGUCCUCAUCGCUCCAAAUCCUCGAAAUGGUACGUUUCCUUCCAAAAUUACCCUCACAAAAACUUCCCGCCAAUUUGUUCCGGGACCGCUUACGUCAUCAGUUUCAGUUUCCUGCAAGGACUGGUGGCCGUCAGUCAGAAUUUACCUUUCUUCCACCUGGAGGAUGUGUUUGUGGGAAUGGCCGCCAAGAGUCUCGGGGUCAGGCCAGUGUCAAUUAAGGGAUUUAAUAACAUGCGUGCGGCAUUCACUCCUUGUUCUUAUAGAAAUGAGGUCAUGACCUCUCAUUACCUUGACCCUUUUGUACUUAGAAGAUACUGGAAAAUGAGCAGGAAUUGUGUGUUACAGAAUCGAACUCCAAAAGAGUUGUAUGUUUUCUAUAACGUAUGAAAAUUGAUUUUGCAUUGUCACAGAGAAAUAUUUCUAAUAAUGCUUUAUUUAUUUCCA